GAUAGUGAUUAAUAUGUUCUUAGGGUUUUAUUUAGUGGCAUAAGAACCACGGCGAGACAUCAAUAUAUCCUACGAAGAUGUCGACCUAGAAUUAGCUUCACGGCAUUCGAAAGGGCAAUAUAGACAUGUCUCGACUUGCUGCCUUUGACCAGGCGGCUGAUCAGAAGACCGGUACACUCGCAAAUUAUUUAGAUUCAUGGGAGUUGAUAUACAGUCCCCUUAACCAGAAUGAAGUUAGAUUUAUUGAGAUCUUACCUUCUAAUACCAAAGAAGCGCCAGUGAGUUGUCUCCUCAAGGCAGCGGAACUAGGACCAGGUGCCCGUUAUGCAGCGUUGUCAUACGUUUGGGGCGAUCCUAAAGUUACCAAAGACAUUAUAGUCAACGGUGUUGUAAUGUCCGUCACUACCAAUCUUGAAUCUGCACUACGUCAGUUAAGAAAGACUGGGUUCCCCGAGAACGUCAGGUCUGGGAAGGUCACGCAGCUAUGGGCGGACGCCAUCUGUAUUAAUCAGAAAGAUAUACGAGAGCGUAGCCAGCAAGUGGCUAUGAUGGCUUCAAUCUAUCGCAAUGCAAGCUAUGUUUAUUCAUGGCUUGGUCUUCCCGACAAAAACCGCCACGAUUUAGCAUUUCAGAUUAUCCGCAAACUCUUUUGCCGACUUUCCUCUCUUUUUAAACCCUCUGGCACCGGACAUAAUCUCCUUAAGAUAGCAAAGACUGGAUUCGAGUGGCUGAUUGCAAACCUGGAGCCUUUUUCCCCGGAAGGAGAACAACGCGAAUGCGACGAAUGGUGGGCUUUGGUCUAUCUUAGAGAAAACAUAUAUUGGUCGAGAAUGUGGAUCAUCCAGGAAAUCGCCCUAGCAAGAGAUUCAUCAAUACACUGUUUCAUAUGCGGCGCUGACUGGAUUUGGGACAAACAGUUAGACUUCGUUCGAGCUUUCCUACAAGCCUGUCGUACGACGGAACACCGAGAUCUUGAGAUACAUAAUACUAAUGAGCGUAUAAUUUGGGGUUAUCUCUCCGACGUCGCCCUUCUCGGCCUACCUUCCGAAGGCACUGUUUUGUCCACCUUCAAAAAAAUUAACUCUGACAGUAGACAGCUAGUCGAAUGCAUUUAUAAGGCAUCGCUUAGAGCUUCUGCUACCGAUCCUCGGGAUUUCGUGUAUGCAAUGCUUAGCUUAACCGCGAGCAAUAUCCAGCCAGAUUACACUAAAAGUGUAAAAGCGGUCUACCUUGACGCUGUUUUGAGCGACGGAAUUACACAGUGUCUACCAUCGUGUCUCGCUUACUCCGGAAGUGGUUACGGUUAUAAGAACUACAAUGGCAUUCCAUCGUGGCUGCCGGAUUUUGGUAAAGUUGAGAAGGACGACAGCAUCUUCAUACUAGGUAAUCGUACAUCACUCUCGAAAGACAUUCAAUUCAAGGUUCCUGAAGUCACUCAACAAGACACUCUUCGGGUCCAAGGAGCAGUGUACGACUUUGUGGAGUCGGUACACGCUACCCAACCCUACGAUAACGAAACUGGACCAGACGGCGCUGCAAAAUAUAUACAAAAUGUCUGCAUCGAAUACCUAGCCGAUCCUGUGGUUCUUGAGAACAUGGAAAGCUACGGUGAUGUUUCCGUGUGGCACAUGCACAAUAGGCCGUUGCUAGUAUUAAUGGAUGUCUUGAGCGCGGGAUGGGAACGUGAUCAGGUCUCACUUCUAGACUUUGACAAGUCUAAUGCCCUGACCCUUUUCUGGCAUAGAGUGUUCGAAGAUCACCUUCUCACCGAGGAAGAGGAGACAACGGCAAAAAAACGGCUUAGGAUACGGCCUCAUAUGACAUUACCCGAUUUCUUAGCGGCUGCCUUCGCAGGCCGUGAUAUCUGGGAUUUCCGGGAUAAAUUGGACCGUUGUCGAGAUAUAAACUCGACUAUAAUGACGACUCUUGUACGUAUGGCACUUCGAAUCAGUCGCAGGGCACUGUUUAGAACAAGAAAGGGCCACUUGGGCCUUGGACCUCCGAAUUUACGGCCCGGGGAUAUCAUCUGUGCACUAGAUAGAUGCCCAUUCUCGUCUUUACUUAGAAAAAGCAAAUCCCAUCUGGAGCAUGUUGGACCAUGCUAUGUCGCGGGGUCAUCUUCUAUCGACCUCACUACAAUGGUUGAGAAGGGAGAAUUGAAGAUUGAGAUGUUUGAGAUAUAUUAAGAAGUCCUAUCGGAGGCAUUCCUUAUUUGUUACCUCCUAUUGAUGGUUGGACGGGUACCUAGCAUUUCAUAUAUACUACAUCUCUCGAACUUAAGGUAUGAUGAGAUCUUCCGACGUGCAUCCGAUCAGCGUAAGUACUAUUCGGUUACCAACAGUGUUGAAACCUCAUGUUAUAUCUCAUGCCGUCACCGCUGCACCUUUGUGAGGCUUGCCUUAAAGCCGGGUCAAAUUAGACAUACAUCCGCUCCUAAUUAAGCUUGUUCGGGAUAUUGUCUUGACCCAACUCGACCGGAUUAAGCAACCAGAAAUAACAGGAGGGCACCCUAUUGUAAACAUCCACAUCCACCACAUCUGGUGGCACCUGGCUUUCCGCCACACACUCUGCAAUCUUUGCACAUCUCGUUAUGCGUGGAUGCUAUCGUAAUGCUAUGCAGAGUCAAAACCUCAAAAGCCGGUAUAUAAGAGUAUUGGCUUA